GUAGGGAGCUGGCAGCUCAUGGGCCCUGAACUAGGGAGAGUCAGAAGUCUCUCCUCAAUGGCACUUGGUGAAGAAAAGACUUUGGCAGAGAGUGAGACUGAGGCAGGGGCUGUGCUGGACGGGAAUGUGAAGCACCAUGGAGCUUGGAACAGCCAAGAACUAGAGACAGAUUGCUCGAUGUCUCUGGGCAGCGUGCAACACUUUGUAGAGGCCAGUGGAGGAAAAUGCGUCCCACGGGGGGAGGAAGAAGAGCUGACCAACAGGAAGGCCAUGCCUGACCACAUUGCUGCGGCUGGAGUGUGGAAGAAACACCACACAGACAAAGAAGGCAAAACCCAGACCUCAGAGAGAGAGUCCUUCAUCACUGGAUCUGAACCUGUUUAUAGCCAUUUGCUUCCUGAAGACGGGACUGGAACAGGAACAGGAGACCUUUUGCUCAAAGUAGGAGCCCAGAUGGAGGAGAAAUUGUGUCUUGACUGUCCAGAGCUACCUCAGAAUAUUGCUGAUCCUCUAGCCAGGACUCUCAGCUCAGGAGAGGUUGCUGAUGAUGAAGAUGACCACUCCAGUUUUGAAUCCCCCCGAAUCCAUGGUCCUAGGCAACAACCUUACAACUCCAAUUCUUCUUUCUCAUUGAGGUGGAAAUCUUUGCUGAACCUAGAUUUAUCUGCCCUUUCUCUUUCCAGCCACAGCUUUCCCACCUCACCUACCCCAAAUGGUUUCCUGAGACAGAGAGAGAAGACAGGAUCGCAAAGCCUGUGGCCUCCUAAAAGCUCUUCACUUGAGCCCACAGCCUCAUGUUUACCAUCUGGUUUAUUGAGCUCUGCAUUGGGCCCCAUGCCUCAAACACAUGGGAUGCCAUGUCUAGCAUCCUGCAGUGGUGGAGCUGUAGCUGAGGCAAGCAGGAGGCGGUCCUCCUUUCAGACUGAUUACUGGGCCUGUGUGCUGCCUGACUCCCUGCCUCCAUCUCCCAAUCGUCGCUCCCCUCUCUGGAAUCCCAAUAAAGAGUAUGAAGACUUGCUUGAUUAUACUUACCCUUUAAAGCCCAAAGCCCAACUUCCAAAGCACGUUGACAGCCAUGUGCUGGCUGACACCUUCCUGCAUGACUCAGGUGUUGACCUGGACAGCUUUUCCCUCUCACCUGAGAAUACCCUGAAGUCUCCCACUACUCUGUCCCAUGACUGCCUACGUACAGAACCAGAUGUUCAACUCCCUCCAGAAUCUAGAAACUGUGACGACAGGUUUUCUACUGUAAUGUCCCAGACCCAGGGCAGCUUUGGUUUGGCAGGUUCUGGUCAGUUAACAUCUACUCCCAAAGCCGGUAGUAGAUGUGCUGUACAGAAUGACAAGGAGCAGCCUCUGAUGAACUUCCGGGAAUCUCUACCUAUGGGAAGCUGCCUUGAGGCGCACUUGCCAUCACCUGGAGAAUGGUCCAGAGGGAGUUCCUUUUCAACACUUACUGGAAAGAAUGAUGGGAGUGGUGAUCUCCAGUGUCUUUCCCAUGAGGCUCCAAUGGAAUCAGGGUGGAAAGCACAAGAGGAUAUUGAAAUUGAAGAAGAGUAUCUUGCUCUGCCCCCUCGGCUGACCCAGGUUUCCAGUCUGGCUCCAUAUCUGUCUACCAUUCAGACAUCUGAUUCUCAGCCUUCUGUAGCUGCUGAAGGGCAAGGUUUACCAGCUGCCUCUGGUGAUAAAGAGCCAGCUCCCCUUCUGCACCAUACCAAAAGGCAGUCUCCUACCUGGGAAGAAUCCAGAGGGAAAUGGGGUACUGCAGAUAGGGAUUGCUGUACCCAGAUCCCCCACUUUCAGUUUCAAGAACUUGAUAGGGAAGGCAAUGCUAACAUAUUAAUCAGUCAAGACCCAGGAGGCCCAGCCAGCCGACUGAAGACAAUUUCUUCCUUUAGGAAAAUGCUUGCUGGGCUGGCUUAUUCUGACUUGAAACCAGAAGGGCAAAAUCCAAAGAAAGAGAGGGUCCAAGAAAGAGAAUCCCUUCUACAGUGUGUGAAGAUAUUUUGCUGUUACCUGGAAGAGCUGAUUUGCUGGCUAUAUAAAGUAGCUGAAGUUACGGACAAUUUGAUUCCACCAAAGUCUAACCUUGCAAGUCUCAAGUCUUCCCUACAGCUUUAUCGGCAAUUUAAAAAAGACAUAGCUGAACACCAAUCCCUGACUGAGAAUGUCUUACAGAAAGGGGAAAUUCUACUCCAGUGCUUAUUGGAGAAUGCAUCAGUUUUAAAGGAUGCCCUUGGGUUGAUUGCAAGGCAAUCUAAUGAGCUGGAGGACCAUGCAGAACACCUAUAUGACUCCGUCUUAGCAGCUCUGGACAUGAUGGCCGGGAACACUUCUGGUCCAGAUAGCAAGCCAGCUACAUGUGGAAGGAUAUAACCAGGUAAUAUCUCAAGCAAUGAUUUUUUGCCAGAUCACACUGAUGUAGCAGAGAGAACCUGCACUGACCUCCUGGCUCUACAUGAAUUUCUCAUGUGUGAAGUGAAAAGCUACUUGAAUUAUUAUUGAAAAAAUGAAUCCUCUAAUGAGAACCUGUAAAAGGGAAAAGCAGAUGCCUUCCAGACCAAGGUUUUUCUCAAAUGGUGCUUCCAGUGACUCUGGGGAUUGCCAAGCCACUCAGCUUCUUAGUUCUUAAUAGAAAAUAGCCUAAGUGACAAGUCUGUCCCCUUAAAAAGAAAAGGGAAUGGCAACAGUUCUCAUAGCCAGACAGUUGUCUCAGGAGCCAGUUUGCAUCACCUGUUGUAAGUGUCCACAGAGGGCUAGGAAAUAUGACAUUGAAAAUGCUUGGCCAACUGGGAACUAAGAGAGUUAUCAUUGGCCAGAGGCUUUUGAUCUUUCCAUAAAGAAACCUCAUUUGGGAAAACCAAACCUUGUUUGGGAAACCUCAUUUUGCAUGUUUGCAACAAGAAAGGCAUUUUUAACACUUAACCUACUGAUGAAAAUGAAUACAGCCCAUUGAAACACUGGGGAGAUAUUAACACUAGUUUUCUUGCUGAGGACAGUUGUCUCUUUGGAAUUCAAAGAUGGCACCUCAGUAAACAUUAAAUGCCUGUUAUUGAAGGCACUUUACAUUCUUAUCAAAUGGAUGAUUUGAUGUGAUUUUGUGCCCAUCUCUUGGGUAACUUACAGUGUUUGGCCUCACUUAAUUCCUCAAAGUUUAGGUUGUAAGUGUACCUCUACCCUAGAAAAAGAUGGAGUCUCCUUACCACCUUAAAGUGGAAGUGUAAUUUAACCAAUUAAAAUAAUUCCGUUCCUUUUUAGAACAGUGAUACUAACAAUUCUCUCAGGUCAUGAAUGAAUGAAGAUAGAAGAGGAAAGCAGGUAGAAUAUAAAAAUCCUCGUAACUAAGAAUUGAGCAAAGCGUGUUUGGUAGUGGAGUACUAGAAAAAAGCACUUAGAGCUUUUGGGAAAUACUUUCACAUUUGAAUGUUGCUUUAGAAAGAAAAAUCUGCUACAUUUGUGGAGGAUGGGAGAGGUCCGCUGUAGAGUUAAUCAUAUUCUAAGGUAAACCAAUGAGGUAUGAGGUACACAUUUCUAAACAUUCAACUCUAGCCAAAGAAAAUUUCAAAGCCCCAUUGUGGUGGUAUAAAACUUCUUUGAAGCUAGAUUAUGAUAACAUUCUGGGACAUACAAAAUGUAAAUUACUUACCUAUAUGACCUAGCCAACUCCAGGCAUUUCAAAUAAUUGGUCAUGCAUUACCAAAGAGGUAAUUCCUACCUAGUCUGUUACGGGGAACUCACAAUUAGAUGGUAAAAUGUUUAUGGGGAGGAAAUAAUCCUUUAAGACUUAAGGCCAGUUAAAACACAAAAUGAAAUCUUUCUAGAUGUAUUGUUAAGUUAAUAAUAUAUGCUAUGGAGUAACAGAAGUUUAGAGUAAAGAAGACUCAGGUUCAAAUUCUGCUUCUGAUGUGACUGUGAUACUGGGCAGGUGUGACCUAAACCUUGCCCUGCCCUCCCUCCCUCCCUCUCCUCUUCAGGCAGUUCUCUAAGACUGGAGGAGUUGCUAGUCUGCAUUGAUGGGAGGGAGUCAAUAUAUUGGAAGUUCUAUAUACAAAUGAAAUUAUAGUCCUGGAAACACCCCCUCCCUGCCCCCCUCCCCACUCCCCCGCCCUUUAAAAAAAAAAAAAAACCUUUGCCCCAUAGACACAGUUUCAUCAUAGGAGAGAAAACGUGCUGAGCUUGGAGUUAGAAAAACAAGGCUUAGAUACUGCCGCUGCCACUGGCAAUGUGAUCAUGGGUGAAUCAUUUCACCUGUUUCCACUAUGAUAAUGUGUAAAGUAUGCAUCUCAUGGCUUAUACUGUGAUGUUCAAAUGAAAAUGUUUGUAAAGCACUGUGUAAAAAAACUAGUCAACAGCUUCUCAAAGUGUGGUCAGGGAAUAUAUCUAGGUUUCAGGAGGUCAAAAAUAUUUUUCAUAAUAAUACAGUUUAAUUUCUAAAUUAGAAAUUUGAGGGUCCUCAGUUUUUAAUUAUUAAAGGGUCUUUAGACCAGAAGGUUGGAGAAUCAUUCACCUGAGUCAUAGAUUGGUUGUGAUCAGCAUUUGUGGAGGGAAUUCCUAACACUAAUGAAAUCACAGAUGUUUACUAUUUUGCCCCCAAAUACACGACAAUCCUUAAAAGAAGAGAAAUACUAGUUUGCCACAUUUGGCCUGAUUUCAAAAUUAGGAAUUUGUAUAUGAGUCAGCUGUAUGAAUAGAACAUCCUGUAGAAGGAAACUACUCAGUACUGUGUAACAAGUGAUAACAAAUUCUACACUCAUGGUGCCUCCUGAAAUCCAGUAAUAGAUUUACACAGCUUUUGAAAGUUUCACAGAACACUCUAGGGAGAGGCCCUUUUUCUAUAAGUGACACUCCAAUUCUACAUCAUACAAGGGUUUUUAAGCUAUUGGCAUUCAAAUCUUUUUUCCAGUGAGUAGCAAAACACCACAGUAUCUGUGGAAGCUAGAACUUUAUAGCUGUCUGAGAAUGCCAGUAAGCCAGUUGACAGCCACUAUUCUUUAGGCACUUUUUUAAGAAAAAUUAAUAUCAUUUUGGCUUAGAAAAGUGAAAUCAUUUUGGCUUAGCAGUCAUUCAUCAGUAAUGCUAAAAGGUAGGCCAAUCUAAGAACCUUGGGGAAAAAAUUUUAUCACUACCUGGGCGAAAGUGCCUCAAAUCAAGACAGAUAGGAAAUGUUGUUGUGCAUUACAAACUCUUUAAAAGAAGUUCUAUUAAGUUUCAUGUCCCUAUUAGAAAUAUUUUAAUGUUCCUCUGUGAAUAUCAACAGGCAUAAUCUAGAAUGGCAGAAUGAACACUGUACUAAGCCAGGAGAGCCCCAGUUCUACAGAGGACUAGCUAUGUGACCAUGUGUAGGUGAACUUCUGAGCCUCUCAUCUGUAAAUUGAAGAUGUUAAUGUACAGUUACUGUGAGCAUGUUUCUGAAAGCACUUGCCAAGCAUAAAGCAGUGCAGAAACGUUAAAAGGGAGUCUUUUAAGCAUAUAAAGUCAACAUUAUUGUAAUAAAUGAAAUUUCAACACGAGGUCAAGGAGGCUUAGAGUAAGAAUGGCUCCUACCUCACAAAGAUCCCCAUUUUCUUCAAAGAAGAACUGUUUCUGAACUGUAAUUUACAAUCCCCAACAUCUAGCCACAAUAAAGCCCACAGCCCCAUGUUAAAUAACUUGUUUCUAAAGAUGAGGGCAGAAAGCAAUGUUUUUCCCCCUUGCAGGUAAAGACUCAACCCCCAAACAGGCAUAAUGAAGGGCAACAUGAUUUUCCUUGUCUUGAAUGUCUUGGGGAAUGUCAAAAUUUUCCAGAUUAUUUGAUUAAGCAUGUACAUCUCAUGGAAAUGUUGAUGGUGCAUCAAGAAUAAUGGCUUGAGCAACGUAACUAUUGUAUGUAAUCAAAUUUUGCUUCAGGAUCCAAAGUUUGUGUUUAGUCAAUUAUUUUUCAAGUGUUUCUGAAAGCUGUGUUUUAUACUGUUUUAAGGCAAGUUAGCUAUUUGAAGGUGUUUUUAAAAAUUACCCAAGUACUGUCUGUGACUUUUCAGGAACUGAUCAGUUGCCUUACGUAGUAUGAAUAGAUUCUCAAUAAGCACAUCUAAAAUACAAAGUAAACUAUGAUUUUAUUGUGAAAUUCUCAUAGAUGGAAAAUUCAAUUGUAUAUUUAUUCUGUUCAUUCAUUUUACAAUAAUCUUACCCACUUAUUUUUGUACCAUGUAUUACGAUUGCCUGUUUAGUGAAAAUAAAAUAAAAAAUAUUUUAAGGGUUGCUUUUACCUGUAUUUUAACCCCUGAAUUAAGUUCAAAGACUUCACCAUAGAAUGUGUUUGUGUACAGUGUUUUGGCUAUUGUAGCAUAUGUUUAAACAAACAAUAAGGGGAAAAUCUUAAAUCAAAGUGUUUAGGGGGAAAACAAAAGAUUCAGAACCCAACUCAAAAAAACCCAACAUCUUCUUGAGACUUCUGUUUUCAUGUGGGUGCAAAAAUUCACCCAGGCAAAUAACUUUCUUUUAAAAUUUCCACCCAGCCACAAAUGGUUUUAACUCAUUUUUAGGGGUGUCAUUUUUCAGGUAAGGGUUAUCAACUAAUGAAAGAAAGCCUACUCCCAAGCUGCUUCAGUGUUUUAACUUUUCCCCCAACACAAGUUAUAUAGCUACAGUUUAUGGAGGGCAGAAUAAUUAUUGAAGAUAGUGCGCUAAACUUAUUUAAUAAAGUUGAAACGGUACUGAUUCAGAAUAUGGAAGUAACAGUAUAUAAAAAAAAGCACAUACUGGCUAAAUUACAUCAGCUUGAAUUGUUAGUCUGAUCAUUCACAAGUUAGGAAAAAGAUACAAUUUUCCAUCUCUACUACAGAUGAAUUAACAAAAGCAUUUCUAAAUAAAGCCAUUUAAAAAUGGUUUUAAAUUUCAGAGAUAAUAGACUAAAUAUUGUACAUUCAAAAUGUACUUGAUUUCCAUAAAUACCACUUUAAUCUCCCUCCAAACCAAAUUUGCUAAAUCCCUGUACAGUAUACAUGCCUGCACUGUUGCAUCAUUUAUCAGGUAUAUUAGCUGGGAAGCAUUGUUGUUGCUAUUCUAAAAUAGGUCUAAAGUGCCCUGGUUGAACAUAAAUGGCUAUGUUUUGAGCACAAUGCAAGCCUAUAUUUCCCCUUAACCAUAAGAAUUAAGACAAUACUUAUCACCAUACAGUUUGAUAUUACUUCCAAUAAGUACAAUAUUUAUUAAACAUUUCUUCAGUUGUUUGUUACAUAUUGUGCAACAAAUUACAAUAUUCUGCAGCCACAAAUUAUAUGCAGAGUAUGAAGAAACUAGUAAUCAGAUAGUGUAAUCUUUCCAUUUAUAACUCUACAAGAAAGAACUAGCAAAUCAGAUCUUACAUAUAACAUCUCACUAAACUUUUAUGCAUGGAAAGUGACAGACACUGUUGUGCUGUUUGAUACAAAAUGGCUGAACUUCAUCUUCAGAAGACUAAACCCGACAUCUAAACAUGCCAAUAUAAACAUCAAAACAAAAUAUAUUCUAACCAACCACGGGAAACAGUCUGGUAUCAGGAAAGCAACAAGGAUUACACACAUUAUUUUAUAAACCAGCACACAAAGGUUUAAAACAGUUCUGAAAAUGAAGUUAGCUGUCUUGAGUCAAGGGAAUAAAAAAAAA